AUGGCUGAUAUCGAAGCUGCAAAGCGUGCGGCCGCACUCGAGGCCGUAAGCCAGCACUUUCCGGAGAAUCCGCGUUUUGUCGGCAUUGGUUCCGGCACGACCGUCAAAUAUGUGGUCGAGGCGAUCAAAGGCUUGGGGAGAGACGUGUCACGAAUAGGCUUCAUACCCACAGGAUAUCAGUCAAAACAGCUCAUCAUCGAUGCUGGCCUUGUUCCCAUCGAGUUCGAUGCGCUACCGGAUGAUGCGAACAUAGAUGUUGCAUUCGAUGGAGCGGACGAGGUAGAUGAUGAUUUGAAUUGCAUUAAGGGCGGAGGAGCCUGUCUGUAUCAGGAGAAGCUGGUCGCCAUGAGGUCUAAAGCCUUCAUCUGCGUCGCAGAUCACAGGAAGCUUCAAUCACGUUUGCUGACCAAGUGGCCUACCAUUCCUGUCGAAGUAGAACCAAAAGCGGCUCGUCAGGUCAUGCAACGGCUCAAGAUCCUAGGCAGCAGAAGUCCGGAUGGCAAGCCGCCUUUCCUCCGCGAAGGAGCGAUGACUAAAGCGGGGCCCAUUAAGACGGACCAAGAUUUCUUCAUCAUCGACGCACCUUUUCCACACCCACUCCUCACAUCUGAGGACACCGCAGCCGGGAAGAUGACAGAUCCUUCCAAAGGCAUUUGGGAUGUCGAGUCGCUUGCAAGGACAAUCAAAGACAUCAACGGGGUGCUUGCGGUGGGUCUGUUCUGUGGACCGACGGGUCCUGAGGCGGCGGCCGCUCGUGUCGUUGGCGGCCAGAGACCAAUUGCAUGCUAUUUUGGCAUGCCAGAUGGCUCGGUCACGCUUCGAAGGGCGAGAGAGAAGCGAAACUCGAUCGUUCAGCAGUAUCCGCCGUUGGUUCCAACACCCUCGAAAGAGUGA